AUGGUGAAGGAACAAGAUUUCCAGCCAGGAGCUGCGAGCAAAACCCUCGCGGCUCAAUGCUACUGCAAAGCUGUCCACUUCACCAUCACCGUGCCGACCUCCUCUCUUCCGCUCAAAGUCCACCUCUGCCACUGCAGCAUUUGCCGCUACACACACGGCACUCUCUGCAUCUUCCAUGCACCUCUCCCAAGCGGCGUAGGCCCGUCCUUCAUCGCGCCAUCCUCGCUCUCCACCCUGACCGCCUACCGACAUGCCGCCGCCAAAAGCACGCGCUACUUUUGCAGCACCUGCGGCUGCCAUAUUGGCGACCAAGGGAUCGAUGACAGUGACUGGGUCAUCUCAGCGUCCAUUUUUGACGCCAAUAAGGACGAUGUACCGUCAAUUUGGGAUAUUCACCAGCACGUCAACACGGACUCGGCCCCCGGAGGUGGGCUAUACGACUGGCUGCCGAGCAUCGCAGGCAAGCAGUUGAAGGUGUGGAACCCGACGAAGCCAGACUCUGGGGAUGUCGUCGUACCACCAAAACAAGAAUUCGACAAGGACGGCAAGGAGGUUCUCCGGGCCCAAUGCCACUGCGGCGGGAUAUCAUUCACCAUCUCUCGUCCCUCGCCCGGCGUUGAGUCGUACAAAGACUGGAUAUCGCCCACCGAACCGACUAAAUGGAUGGCUGCUGCAGACAGCUGCGGAGACUGUCGGUUGCAGACAGGCGCUCACAUCACCGGCUGGGCCUUUGUGCCUCAGUCAUGCAUCUCGCCUGAGAUUCCGGAGGACCUCACGCUGGGCACGUCCAGAAUGUAUCAAUCGACGGAGAAGGUAUUCCGCUCCUUCUGCGGGACGUGCGGCGCAUCAUCGCUGGCCUUCUACAGCGGUCCCGAGCGGGCUCUGGUGAACGGCGACAGGCUUUUUAAUCUCUCUGUCGGUCUGUUAAGAGCACCCGAGGGUGUUUUGGCGGAGAAUUGGCUGACGUGGAGAACUGUUAAGGUGGGCUGGGCGGAGAACGGGAAGCAGUAUGAUUCUGCGUUGGUUGAGGCGCUGACUGAAGGCACAGAGAAAUGGGGGAAGAAGCAUGGUGAUAAGGGGAAGAUUUUGGAGUUUUAUCCCUAG